AUGAACAACGAUUAUUCUUGGGAUGAAAGAAUAGACGAUUUUAUGUCCAUUUUUCAUAACGACUCCGUUCCAACAAAAAAGAUAUUCUUAAACUUAUCUUUUUUAUCAACCCUAGUCAUUAUAUUUUUUUUAGAAAAUGGAGAAGAAAAUAUCACAAAACAAGAUGAUAUUUUCACAGAAAUUAAAGUUCGAUCGAAACAUCUUAUUAGCCAAGAAAUCAUUGAUACAAAAAUUGAUGAACAAAUAAGAAAUUUUCAACCUAUUAAAGAAUUACUUUUAGAAUAUUUAGUCACUCAAAAAGAUAAAAGAUCCAUUCUCAUAACAAACCUUGUUAAAGAAUGUAAUUUAUUUUUCGAAAAUCUAUUGAAAAGUGAAAAUAUAUUUCACCUAAUCCCUUUCACAAUCACUUUUGCGAUCGUGCAUCUUACCGUUAUGAGAACAUCAUUGAAAUUAAAUACGUCAAGCGUUGAUGAGGUUAAGGAAAUUAUUUCUCGUUAUCAAAGUCAUUUUAAGGAUUCUUUUCAUCAAUUCUUUACGUGGAGGAUGGAUCAAAUAACAACAAAAACCACGAUUUCUAAUGAUUCAUCUUCAUCAUCGCUCUUUACAUUUCGUGCUAAUGGGGAAGUCAGAGAUACAAUUAGCAAUAAACUAGUUAAUUAUGUUGCCAAAUCUUCAAAUGAUCAAAUUUUUUUAAAGGUCUUUGAUCUUAUCAAGUUAAGAAUGCUUAAUGAAACAAAGACAGAAUUUAUGAAAAUGUUUUUACAUAUCUUUUCAUUAGUCAACUCCUUUCCUGAUAUAGAAUCUUUGCAUAUAAUGUCUUGGCCUCUUAAUGUAAGAAGUUUUUGGGUUGGGCCAUACGGAAUUGAUACGUUUCCUGAUGGUUUACAUAAUUUGGAAGAUAAUUCUAAAUUAUUUUACAAUAUAUUUGACGAUGAUCCUGGCAUUAUCAGAAAGAUUGUGGUGAGACAUUAUGGUAUAAUUGAUCGCAUUCAGGCUUAUUAUGACGAUGAUGAUCCGGAUAAUGAAAAUUAUAGAGCUGGAAAAAGCAUUGGAACAGGAACGGGUGGUUCGGAAUGUAUAAUUUCAGAUCUGGAUAACUUUUCAAAAUAUGUUGUUGCUAUAAAUAUAACAUUUGGUUAUGGAUUACUUGCUGCUAUAGAAUUUACUUUUAAUAAUGGUAAAUCCACGGGAAUUUUAGGACGAGUGCCAAAGAAACAAAAGAUAGGAACUUUACAAAUUGGUCCAUUUGGAAAAUAUAAUGAAUUUAGACUAUCAGGAAUAUCUGGAGGUGGAGGAAAGGUGAUAAGGGAUAAUGAAGAUUUUGGUGAAAAUGCCGCUCAUAUAGCAUUUCAAUUUCAAUAUGUCGAUUCACUUUGA